AAUGAGUCCGUUUAACCACAAAUCAAAUUCUCACUGUCAUUACCUCUAUACCGUGAGUAAAGCGUUUAACCUCAAUCAGAUUCUAGCCGCCGUACGAUUAGCUCUACUGUGGCUCGUCUCAAAUGUACAAACCCAUCGGUGAGAAAAAUGACAAGUUUCUUGGGCUUCCAACUUAAAACCAAUUGGCGAUAAGUGGAGUGGCCCAAGUCCCUUAUAUAUUACUCAAGUCCCUUAUAUUAUUUCCAAUGUGGGAUCUUCUCUCCAACACCCUCCCUCGAGAUAAUGGUGUGUAUAACCAUUAAUCUCGCAGAAUCCAUCAUAUACCCCUCCGAGAUAAUGCUUCUUUUCUAGCUAUCUCGAAGAACUGAGCCUUCUAUGGGUCAUCAGCUAAUGGGAUGAUCAGGCCACUUUCCUGGCCGGAUUAAUGGGUCAGGGUGUUGGGCUGGCUCUGAUACCAUGACAAGUUUCUUGGGCUUCCAACUUAAAACCAAUUGGCGAUAAGUGGAGUGGCCCAAAUCCCUUAUAUAUUACUCAAGUCCCUUAUAUUAUUUCCAAUGUGGGAUCUUCUCUCCAACAAAAAAAGAAAGGCAUCGAUUUAUAUAUUGAGAAGGGGAGAAGACGAAGAGAGCUUGGAGUCCGGAGAUGAUGUUGUUACUCAAUACUCACUUUUAAUUGGGCAGCAAUAUCUAGCAGUCCAAUAUCUAGCAAAAAAAAGUGGAAUGUGGAAGAUAGAAAGUUUUGUAACAGACUGGUUUUGAUUUUUGCAAGCGGCAAGAAAUAUAGCGGAAGAGUGUAAAUAAUUGAUAACAUGGCUCUCUGUGAGUGUUAAACCAGAAGAGUGGGAUAGACAAACAGAUUUGGCAUCCCUGUAGAUAUUAGGGCUAUGGAAGUAUUACGAUUGGGCCGAAUAUCUGGAAGCGCUGAGAUGCUUUCGUGGCCUAAUAGCUUGAUUAUUAAGAAAUGACCGUGAUAACGUGGUGGUUUAAUUGGUUGAGAAUACUUUGUCCUAUGUGGACAGGUUUAGGAACCUCUAAAUUAGUUCUUUUUAUAUAGUAGUGAUUUGCAACAUUAAUAUUCAAAUAUCGUUUCCUUAAACUGAUCAACUAAAUUUAUGAUUAAAAAAGUUUUAAAAAAAAACAUAAACUAUUUAACUUUUUUUUUUGAUGACCCUGGUUAUCCGUAGCCUCGAGAGGAUCCGACUAUCGCCAAUGACCGUCCACCGGAGCUUAGCUGGAGAGCUUGAAACUAUUUAACUUUUUUUUUGAUGACCCUGGUUAUCCGUAGCCUUGAGAGGAUCCGACUAUCGCCAAUGACCGUCCACCGGAGCUUAGCCGGAGAGCUUACCGGAACUAUUUAACUUUUUAACAUAUGUAUUCAAAGUAAAUGCAUAAAAAGAAAAUGUUAAAGAAGAGUUGAGCUAAAAAGUCGGUUGAAACUUGAAACUGAGCAAAUAAUAGUGAGACAAGACAAGUCCUAGUAAAUGCCCAAGACAUUGCAGCUCUGCAAUACUUCAUAUAUUGAUGAACGUUUGAAACAUGUGGUCAUGUUGUAACUACCUUAAUUUGUAACCCAUGAAAAAAAUAUUCAUCUACUUUGAAAUCAUCAAGAAAAGAAAUCUAGACAACCUUAAUUUGUAAAGUUUUCGAAACCUGAAAAGCCCCAAAGAAAAUGAAGAGCAGAGAAACAUAAAGUGUGGUCGAAAUCAUAUUGUAAUACUCAAGCUGUCUCUUCUCAGAAAGAUGCGUGGCUAAAUAUCAUCAUCUCACCAUGCAUUAAUUUGCUUAUACGGUUUGUUUUAAAGUAUUUCUGUCACACUGUUAAAUAGCAUCUGCUCGUUUACCAAUGCAAUGCAGUAAUAAAGUUACAUAGCUUUCUUUUGAUAGCUCCCUCAGGUUAAAAAAAAGCUCAAGAACCAAAAUAACAUAAGAUAUAUACAUAUUGGAUUUUUUUGCCCGUGCAAAGAAUCUUGUUCUUCUUCUUUCUUCUUUUGUCAGUCCAUUUUCACAUGCCACUUGUCUUUAUACGUUAGAGGUAAUAACAAAACAAGAAGACAGGCUUUGUCUUAAUGGAAAUGGGUAGAAAAUGGUCCAGUGGAGGCAGAUCCAGGAACAAAUCCAGUGAAGCUAAUGGCUGCAUCCCUGCUCUUUACCACUUUUUUCAUUCUCGCCAUUUUUACUUUCCUUCACGUCAUCAUCAUCACCACCAACCAAGUUUUGAUUCUCCCUCAAGAUAUCCAAAAGGCUUGGUUGCGCCACGAAACAGCUUGGAGUUAACAGAGGAGUCUUCACUAUCAACAAAUUACAAGGAAAAAGAUAGCUUAAACAUCUCUGUUGGCGGGAAAAGGUCAAACCUUAGAGCUCUUAUUUUUGAUAGAUCCUCUGAUAACUACAACUCACCUAGCGCCAAGUCACCAAACCUGGUGGCUAGACUCAUGGGUCUUGAUCUUCUUCCUGAUAACUUAGACAUUAAUAGAUCAUCAAGAAAAAGUUUAAGAGGACAUAGACUCACUGAGAACUGCUCAGGGAUAAGAUCUUUGCCUGAGAGCCCCAGGGUCUCUUCUGCUCGUAAAUCUGAUUCCGACGUUCGUCGCCUCUCUCUUCAGCUAAACAGAGAGAAUAAGCAUGAAGACUCUGUGUGUCAGAGGCUGAAAGAGGAGGAAAAUCAAAGCCCGGAAAAUAAUGAGAGGGUCAUCACUAGAAGACUUGGCAUGGAUAUAACAAACUUGCUUGAGAACAGAAGGGCGAGACAAGGACAAGACCAGAUUAAGCAUAGGAAAGUGAGAAGCAUGUCUUCACAGAAAGAGAACACACUAAGCUCCAGCCCCACAUUUGUGUUCAAACAUGAUAAGAUCUCUCAAGAACCAACAAGAAAGCUGACCCUUUCAAAACAUUCCAAGAAGAACCUCAAAAACGUGGAUGAACAGCCGCUAAGACCUACCAACGUAUGCAAGAAAGUGUGUAGUAAAUCAAAGUUCUCUCCUCAUUCAACACCCAAUAACCAACAGAAGCAGAGACAAGCUUUCAUCUCUACAUCAAGAUGUGAUCGUUUACACAAGAAAGAAUGCAAGCAAAUCCCAAACUCAUCAGCUGUCGCUGCCUCAGAACGUCCCCGGAAACAGAUGGAAAGAGCGGAAGGACCGGAACAGAAAGAAGAUGGGACGAUAUGCCCCGGUCAGAUGUAUAACUACGAGGAGAAGCUUCCUCAAGAACUUCUAAGUUCCAGUUCUUCCCGUUCAACAACCGUUUCUGCCACCUUCUCCAACGUAGGAAGAACCAAAAUCUAUUUUGAAUAUCUUCCGGGGAUGAAAAAGCUUGAAAAAGAAGAGGAAAGGGUGGUCGCUGUGAUUGAGCGGCAUAUCGUAGACGCACUCGUGCUAGAAACGGUAAAAUUGGCUUGCGUUUGAGGGGAUAAAACGAGGCGUUUUAGUAAUAACGAACGCUUUUUAUUUGUGGGAACGUGAUGAGAGUUAUUCUA